UAUUUUUCAGUCCACAGGAAGACGACGAGCUGAUCUGUCAUAGUUGGGGGAGACUGUUUCAGAGAUUUUCCUCUGGUCAUUUCUCUCCAAAACAGGACUGCCAGCGACACGUGUGUAAUCUGGCUUACUCUGUGUAGCUGUAGUGCAGGUUGUCGGUUUCUGUUUCCGGCUGUUGGGUUUAGAUCAUUUCAUUUUAUGGGGGAAAUGAAAACUUCACUGCCACCCGCUCUGUGUGACCAGGCCCUGCUGACCCUCACUCACAGACUGAGGCUUUACUGAACCACCCCACUGUUUUGAAGAGAGCAAGAUAAGCAAUAAACUUUAUUCUAUAUUAGAUAUGUUCCCUUUUCUGUUCUCGCGCUUCUCAGACGUGUGAAAAUGGUCCUGCUGAAAGGCAGAGCUCCACAGCAGCUCCUCAAACCGAAACCACGUCGAGCCCCAAUACAGUGUACAGAACUGUGUAGACCAGUGACUACGCUGUAAACAUUAGUGUUAGUUAACUAGUUAGCAAGAACUCUUCAUCCUUAGAGCUCCAGCAAGUUUUAAACUAUUAGCUAAACAAACCAACAGACUCACUUAUGCAGCUUUCCUUGUUUUCUUUGUUUUUAUAGUAAUAAUAGUCAACAUGCCUUCAAACCACCAUCUGCUGAUGUGACGGGCACCCCCUGUCCUCGCGUGUUAAAACAGCCUGCUAACUAGCUAUAUGUCAUAGUGCUCCUUGCUGUGAAGAUGCUGCGAUUAGAGGACGUGGCUAAUGUGGUCCUCAGGGUGCCCAGCAUCGUCGUUCUGGACCUGCUCUAUAAAUGUGACAUCGAGAGCUUCACCUUUCACCUGAGGGCGAGGAGUGAGGACAUGCUCUUCAAGUACAAAUACGUCCUGUGGAACAUGUACUAUCUAGGUCACUUUGUGAGUACAGUAGUCCUGUUGUUGCCACUUGGACACAUUGCUCAACUUUAUCUGCAUAUUCUCACCGCCCUCCUGCUCUACAUGGGUCAUCAAAUAUCCAGGGAUUAUGUACUAGCAGAGAGCCAGUACGGGUAUGAUGGUGCACUCUUUCUGGAUCCUCCAGCUAUGAAUCGUUUUGUAACUGCACUUACAAGUCAGAUUAUUGUCACCACGCUAUGUGCAUUCCUCAUGCGUACACGCCGUGUUUGGCUCUUCUCUGCUCAUUUGCUCCCUCUUCUGGCAGGAGUGUGCUCGUUUUCUCAAGACACCAUCCUCACACUCACUACUGUUGCUAUGGGCAUAACGGGGGCAGAGGUUGUAGUGUUCCUGCUCAUGAACCUCUUCGUACCAUAUAGACUGGCCAAAGCAGUCUACAGUGAAAUUGCACAAUUAGAGAUCACAGAUUUGUACCGUUUGUUGGCAGUGGGGGCGUCUCUCUGGCAUAGUUUUGCUGUGCCUGUGCUGUUUAGCGUCUUUUGGUUUGUGCUGUUUGGAGUUCAUCUUGUUUCCAAUGUUAAUACAUCUGCUGCCAUCCAAGAGGGGAUUCUACUGUAUCUUCUCACCAGUGUGUCAGAGUGCUGUGCCAGCCCUUACUCUCUGCUGGGUUUGACGUUUGUGGUUUCCUAUUUGGCUCUGGGGCUUCUAAAUCUCUGCAAAUUCUACCUGGGAGGAUUCACAGCACUGCAAAACCACAAUGUCAUGCACAGGGGUGUGACAGAGGGUGUGACUCUGCUGUUGCUAGCUCUGCAGACUGGUUUGUUGGACAUGGCAGCCCUGCAGCGCUGCUUCCUUCUCUUCAUCAUCCUCUUCAUUGUCCUCACCUCUACACUGCAGAGCAUGAGUGAAAUAACAGAGCCUGUUAUGCUGGGACUUGGUGCCAGUAGAAACAGGAGUGUGUGGAAGCACAUACGAGGCUUGAGCAUGUGUGUGUUCCUGCUUCUCUUCCCGGGGUUCAUGGCCUAUAGGAUCUCUCAGUUCUUCCACAUGGACUUCUGGCUUCUCAUCCUGGUGUCCAGCUGCAUGCUCACAUCUCUGCAGGUGACCGGAACUCUCCUGAUCUACUGCCUCUUCAUGGUGGAGGUGUGGCGCAGUACUGCUCUGCCUGGCCUGGAUGAAGUGAUGUAUUAUGUGAAUGGUGUUUGUCGGGUGCUAGAGUUUGCAGUGGCACUGUGUGUGGUGGCUUACGGGGCCUGGGAGUCACUGUGGGGAGAGUGGAGCUGGAUGGGGGCGUCGGUCAUCAUCAUCCACUCCUACUGUAACGUGUGGUUACGUGCCCAGGCUGGCUGGAAGAGCUUUCUCCUCCGUCAGGAAGCAGCACGCAAGAUCAAUUCACUCCCACGGGCAAACGCUCAGCAGCUACAGGAGCAUGGUGAUGUCUGCGCCAUCUGUUUUCAGGAUAUGACCUCUGCAGUGAUAACCUACUGUGGUCAUUUCUUUCAUGGAAACUGUCUAAGGAAGUGGCUGUAUGUGCAGGAAACGUGCCCCAUGUGCCACACUUCAAUCAAACCUACAUCGACCCCAACAGCUCCUGCAGGUGAUGCCCAUCCACAUCCAACACAACCACGGGCCAAUCCACCUCAACAAGAGACUCUUUCUGAGCCGGAAGAAGAGCAGGACCCACAUGAAGAUGGUGAUCAUUCACCUGAGGAGAAGUCAGAGAGUCUGGACAGGAGGACACAUCUGCAGGAAGCACACUGUAGUUCUGGUGGAGACUUCAAAGAUGUGGACACCGCUGUGCCUUCCAACUCUUCAGAAGGAAACCCUUUCACCUUAGAGUCCAGCGAGAGGGAAAUGGACUCUGAGAAGAGGACUAACCAUUUAAGAGAGACCAAUUUAGUAACAGACUCUAGCACAAAGAUUACUGGACAGCCAGAGAGUCAUGACUGUACUGCUAAUUCUCAGCCUGCUAUUGGUAAUCAUUUCCUCAGAGAACCAUCAGAACAGACAUCAUGAUGAUGAUAAAAAUGAAGAAUAGUAAAUAGCGAGUGACCAGUGGACUGGUCUCAAAAGACUGCUGGGUACCAAAGUUUACAACAUUAGCAUUCUUAAAGGAGUUGUGCUUCCUCUAAUCACGAUGAACAUUUGUUGGCCCUUUCAUCCCUUUAUCUUGUUAAGCAAUACCAGAUACUUUUAUUCUUGACAUUCUUGAAUCUGAAUUUGUGUUGAAAUGGUUUAACAUGCAUAUAUGUUGUGAGGUUGUCCAAUGUUGAACACAUGCAAUUGCCUUUACAAUACAAAGGUUACCUGGUUAACUCAUGGAAGUGACAUUAGUGUGUAAUAAUUGCCGAUGUAACUUUAAUCCAUUUAACUUGUAUUAUUGUUCUGCCAAUGGUGGGGCCAAGCUGCAGGUUCAGUUGAAUGAAGGUUGUGUAACUGCUAUUCAACAGAAAUGAAGAUUACUAACAGUGCCUCAUCAUAUUUCUGUGUUUCACACAAUCAUGAUUUUCAUACAUAAAUUAAGAAAUUGUGGCAGUG